AUGGAGAGCCCUCACGAGCAACAACAGAGCCUUUUGCUCUCACGUAUCAUCACCAAUAUUGAGAAAUUGAACGAAGCGGUGGGAAUGAUGAACAAAAACCUGCAAGAAGUCAAUAUUCAAAACAUGAAUGUAGAGUUGGUGGCUCAGAUGUUCAAAAACUAUCAAUCCAAUAUCUUGUUUCAUCUUGAAGGUUCCACCAACCUCAAACCUUUCACUCCCAAGACCUGUACUGAUGAUCAUCUAGCAACCGAGAGCCUGAAGGAUCCUGUCUGA